AUGGCCAGGUGUCAACUGCAGCCGCAGCUUGAUGAGAGGAGCCCCCAGCCUAGCACCUUGGGGUACUCCCUCCUGGAGGUGAUAGAUGAUGAAGUGCCAGGACCAUCAGUCCCUUGGGUAGAUCCCAGCACCCCGAGUAAGUUCCUUUGCUGGAACAGGAAGAGGGAGUGGUCGGACCAAUCUGAGGAGGAGCCCAAGGAGGAGACAGAGAAGGAGCUCGCCCCUGAGCCUGAGGAGACCUGGGUUCUGGACACCCUGUGUGGGCUCAAGAUGAAGCUAAAGCGACGGCGAGUGUCACCCAUGCUCUGUGGGCACCCUGAGGCCUUCAACAGGCUGCUUGGUGGACGACAGCAUCUUCUCAGAGCUGUUCUCUGCUCCCGACUGCUCCCCAACCUUGAGAAUACAGAACACACUCUGCUGGGUCCUAGUCGAGUCUGGAAGAAGGCUUUGGACAGAACAGGGACCAGGUUCUGUGGGAGGGAACAGAGUUUGGGAGAGAUCAUGGCCAGCUGUCAACCGCAGCCCCAGGUUGAGGAGAGGAGCCCCCAGCCUAGCACCUUGGGGUACUGCCUCCUAGAGGUGGUGGAUGAUGAAGUGCCAGGACCAGCAGAUCCUGGUACGCCUAAUAUCCUUUGCUGUAAAAGGAAGAGGGAGUGGUCGGACGAAUCUGAGAAGGAGCCCGAGGAGGAGACAGAGAAGGAGCGCGCCCCUGAGCCUGAGGAGACCUGGGUGCUGGGCACGCUGUGUGGGCUCAAGAUGAAGCUUAAGCGACGGCAAGUGUCACCCACGCUCCCUAAGAACUACGAGGCCUUCAACACGCUGCUUGUGGGAAAUGCCCCCCAGUGGAAGUGUUACACGGUGGCCUGCUUUCUUUACUCAUCUCCUUGGGAAGGUCCCAGUUCGCCUUGGUUCCUUUGCCAUAAAAGGAAGAGGGAGUGGUCGGAUGAAUCUGAGGAGGAGCCCGAGGAGGAGACAGAGGAGCGCACCCCUGAGCCUGAGGAGACCUGGGUGCUGGAGACGCUUCAGGGGCUCAAGAUGAAACUAAAGCGACGGCGAGUGUCACCCGUGCUCCCUGAGCACCACCAGGCCUUCAACAGGCUGCUUGGUAAGAGGACACCCCAGAGAGCACCUCCAAUCCUGUUCUUUUAA